GAGUGUGUGUGCGCCGGUUAAAGUACAUGUUGCUCCUGUGUGUUUCAGGGUGGCGGCAUCAGCUCAGGAGUCUAUGGCACAUGAGCAGGCAGACAGUGAAGACACUUUAGAAGAGAUAAAUAUAGCAGAAGACUCGGCAGGCACAUCCCUCGCUCCAGCUCAUUCCCUUUGGACGACUGACGCUGGAGGCUCCGUGCUGUUGAGGAUGGAUGAUGGAUGUCCAGAGAAACCUGUCACAGUCCACCAGAUGUUCAAAACCGCAGUGGAGAGAUAUGGAAACAUGCAUGCACUCGCCAGCAAGAUCAACGACAAGUGGGAGAAGAUAACUUUCUUUGAGUAUUAUCAGCUCUGCCGGAAAGCUGCCAAGAGCUUCAUCAAGCUUGGUUUAGAGCGGUUUCAUGGGGUGGCAAUACUGGGAUUCAAUUCUGCUGAAUGGUUCAUUUCUGCUAUCGGAGCCAUCAUGGCAGGAGGAAUAAUGACAGGAAUUUAUGCCACAAACUCACCAGAGGCUUGCCAGUAUGUGGCCAGUGACUCCAAAGCCAACGUUGUAGUGGUUGAAAAUCAAAAGCAACUGGAUAAGAUAUUGCAGAUAAGAGACAGCUUACCCCACCUGAGGGCCAUUGUGCAGUACAGCGGACAGGCUGACGAGAACAUCUCAAAUCUCUAUUCUUGGGAGCACUUCAUGGAGCUGGGUGUGGAUGUUUCUGAUCAAAAUCUGGACGACAUUAUCGACAGCCAGCGAGCCAACCAGUGCUGUGUCCUGAUCUACACGUCCGGGACCACAGGCAAACCCAAAGGAGUCAUGCUCAGUCAUGACAACAUCACAUGGACUGCCAAGAAUGCCAGUCGGGCUGGAGACGUGCAGCCAGCCGACACUAAACAGGAGUCACUGGUGAGUUACCUGCCUCUCAGCCACGUCGCCGCUCAGAUGUAUGAUCUCUGGACGGGAAUCCAGUUUGGUGAACUGGUCUACUUUGCACAGCCGGAUGCCCUGAAGGGAAGCCUGGUCACUACGUUGCGUGAGGUUUGUCCAACAUCUCACAUGGGUGUCCCGCGAGUGUGGGAGAAAAUGAUGGAGAAGAUAAAAUAUGCCAUCAGUCAGUGCGGAUACGUGAAGAAGAAGCUGGCCACAUGGGCAAUGUCAGUGAGUCUGGAAGUCAAUCAACGGUUUCUGCUAAAGGAUGAGGGGAAACCGUUCCUCUUCUUCCUGGCUGACAGCCUCGUGCUGCAGAAGCUCCGGGCUGAGUUGGGCUUUUCCUGCUGUCAGAAGUUCUUCUCCGGAGCUGCACCCAUCAGCACCGAGACAAUGCAGUUCUUCCUGGGCCUCAACAUCCGUUUGUACGAGGUCUACGGCAUGAGUGAGAGCACCGGACCUCACUUCAUGUCAGGGGCCAACGCUUACAAACUACCCAGUUGUGGAAAGGUGGUACCUGGCUGUCGUUAUAAAAUGGCUGAUGUAGACUCAGAGGGCACGGGGGAAAUCUGCUUCUGGGGACGCAACAUUUUUAUGGGAUUCCUCAACAUGGAAGACAAAACCAGGGAAAUCCUGGAUGAAGAUGGGUGGCUGCAUUCAGGAGACUUGGGAAAGAUUGAUGAAGAGGGGUUCUUGUACAUCACGGGGAGGAUAAAAGAGCUGAUCAUCACAGCUGGAGGGGAGAACGUUCCACCCGUUCCCAUAGAAGAAGCAGUGAAGGCGGAGCUACCGAUCAUUAGCAACGCCAUGCUGAUCGGAGACAAGAGGAAGUUCUUGUCCAUGCUUUUAACCCUGAAGUGUUGCAGCAACACAGAAACCAUGGAGCCGACAGAGGCGCUGAGCCUGGAGGCCGUGGAGUUCUGCAAACAGUUGGGCAGCCACGCAACCACGGUGUCGGACAUCGUCGAAGGACAAGACAAGGAAGUGUACCAGGCAAUCAAAGAGGGGAUCGAAAGGGUGAAUGCAGGCGCCACCUCGAAUGCCCAACGCAUCCAGAAGUGGACCGUUUUGAGGAAGGACUUCUCCGUUUCUGGAGGAGAGCUUGGUCCCACAAUGAAGCUUCGCCGCCCCGUCGUCUUGGAGAUGUACCACAGCGUCAUAGAGAGUCUUUAUCGAAACUAGUCUUAAUAAAUUACUGUUUUGUGCAAACAAUGUAAAAAAAAAAAAAAAAAAAAAAAAAAAAAAAAAAAAAAAAUCAAAAAUACCAGCAACACAAUACUUCAUACAUUUUCAGAGGCUUUAUUUAAUAUUUUAAAUUGUGACUAAUACUUUCUUAGGCAUUCAGUACAUCCUCUCACAUGCUUAUAUAUUUCCUCAUGAAAUUGCUGUAUCUAGACAACACUUCAUUUUAACGCCUUUAAAAUGAUUCCAGCUAAAUUGCAUCAUGGAAUUUGAAUGUUGUGUAUCGUUUUCUUUGGGAUAUUUACCCAAAAACUCUCCCGUAACCGUCAGCAGCAUUCACAGCUGCGGCUGAAAGCUGCCUUCAUGAUGACACCCACAACAGUCACUUCGAAAAAUUCUGAAGUAAAUGCCAGUUAUGACAAUGUGAUAUCCAUUUUUCUUUUUUUAAACAUCUAUCAUAUUUGCAGGAGGAAUGAUAUUGUCAUGUAAAGAGCAGCAGAUAUGUGAAGCAAAAAAGAAAAAAAGAUUAAGAGUUUGAUUUGCUGAUUAUUUGCCGUUUUCUCGGGUUAGUUUUAAAAUAAAAUAAGGUCCAGUACACUAAAAUUCGGGUUUAGCCAAUAAAUACAUAAUAUUCACCACAAACACCUCACAAUCGUCACAAUGAGUAUGCAUACCGCAUGUUGAGAAACUGUUGGUCAAAGGUUUUAAGACAGUGCUUUAGAGUGUGCGUAGAGAAUAAAAUAAACAUUCAGG